GGGGCGGGAGCGGAAGUGACGCAGCGCUGUCGCCAUCAUGGCGGGCAAGGGGGCGUCCCGGGUCCCCGAGCGGUGGACAGACUACAUCCCCCUGGGCAGGAGGAUACCGGGAACCCGCUUCAUCGCCUUCAAGGUGCCCCUGAAGAAGAGUUUUGACAGGAAUCUCUCUCCAGAGGAGAGGUUUUCCCCCCACGACCUCCUCAGGAAAAUCAGGGAGAGGAAGGAGGAGCUGGGGCUGAUCAUCGACCUCACCUACACCCGGCGCUACUACGGGCCAGAGGAGCUCCCAGCCACGCUCUGCUACUCGAAGAUCCUGACCAUGGGGCACGAAAUCCCCAGCAAACACACCAUUUUCCAGUUCAAGUGUGUGGUGAAGAAGUUCCUGAAUGACAACAAGGACAAUGACAAACUCAUCGGGGUUCACUGCACCCAUGGCUUGAACAGGACUGGCUACCUGGUGUGCAGGUACCUGAUUGAUGUGGAAGGCAUGGAGCCCAACGCUGCCAUAGAGUUGUUCAACAAAUCCCGAGGGCAUCCCAUAGAGAGAACCAACUACAUCCAGGAUCUCAGGAACAGAGCUGGGAAAAAGUGAGUCCUGGUGUGUCCAGAA